AUGUCGGACAAGGAGACGCUUCUUUCUAUGGGCUUUGAUGCGGCGCGUGUCGAGUGGGCCCUCCGCGCGACCAAGAACGCCGGCCUCCAGCCCGCAAUGGACCAUAUCCUCGCUCACAACGACGAGUCCGUUCCCACGGCCGAGGAGCUCGCGGAGGAGCAUGGCGAGGAGGCCAACAUCCCAGACGUAGGCGAAGCCAAGAGCAUCAAGUGCUCCGAGUGCGGCAAGACGUUCCGCUCCCAGGCGACGGCGAGCUUCCAUGCUGAGAAGAGCGGACACACGGACUUUGAAGAGAGCACGGAGGAGAUCAAACCUCUCACGGCCGAGGAGAAGGCGGCAAAGCUGACCCAUCUCAAGGACUUGCUUGCGGCCAAGCGCGCCGCGCAGUUCAAGGAGGACGAGAAGGCCUCGCGCGCGAAUGAGGCCCUUCGUCGCAAGGCUGGACAGGACCAGGGUCGCAUCAAGGAAGAGAUGGAGGCCAAGGAGCUUGAGCGCGACGCUGCGCGCAAGCGCGCAGACAAGAUCGCCGAUCAGAAGGCGCGGGCAGCCGUGAAGGCGCAGAUUGAAUCGGACAAGCGCGAGCGUGCAGCCAAGGCGGCCGCCGAGAAGGCUGCGCGCGAGGGUAGACCACCACCGGGGCCUACCGCAGCCGACGCGCCACCCAAGCCCUCCGCCAUGGCUGCGGGCAAGAGCAGCGAGGCACCCCAGACGCGCCUCCAGAUCCGUCUGCACGUUGGCGGCGCGCCGCUGAUCAAGACAUUCCCCAGCACAAGCACGCUCGUCGAUGUUGCCGAGUUCGUCAGCUCGGAGAACCUCGCGUACUCGGUCGACACAGUCAAGUUCUCGAUGACGUUCCCGCGCAAGGUCUUUGGCCCCAACGACAUGCACAAGUCGCUCAAGGACAAUGGUCUGACGCCGAGCGCGGUGCUCAUGGCGAAUGUGUAG